CAUGACCGUGGCCAUGAUCCUAAUUAGACGAGGCCUUUGGGGAUGUAACUAAACAGCUGAAAAGGGCAGACGCGAUGCGAAGCUGGAGCAAGGGCGAAUACUCCGUCGACUCUUGUAAGUUGGCCGUGACGAGUAACAUGGGUGUCGCCGUCGUCGCAUGUUAUGCAGGGAAGUUCCGCCUCCAGUGAGCUUUCACCACCUGCACUGAUACGGUAGAAGUAGGUAUGGGGCAUGCUUCCGGACAGUACCGUACCUGUAGAUUCGCAGCAGCAAAAGAAGGAGGAGGGAAGAUCCGGGAUUGAGACUUUGGAUCACCUCAGCUUUAUCGAUAAGGCCAUAGGACGCAAGACGUAAGGCGUGAUCGAUCACGGACAGGCAAGCCCUCCCCCGCCACUGCCCGUACUCACCGCUCGUCAUCGGCAUGUCUACGUCACGACCACGCCGGAGCCUCCCUAGCAUUCUUCAUCGGCCUCCCUCACAACCCCCAUCUGUCUGGCGUCCUCUCAUUCGUAUUUCAACGCUUGCCAACAUUCCAGCAAGCGUUUGAGAGUAAACGAAAAUAGAAAAGGAACAAUUCCAACAGAAGGGAGAGAGAGAGGGAGAAGAAAAGGAACUCCAGAAACAUAACCCAGGCAAGCGCAAAACCCCCCAACCUAGAACAUGGCUCCUAUUUUGAUUGUCGGCGCCACUCGGGGCCUCGGGGCGUCCCUCACCAAGCAAUACGCCGCGGACCCCGCCAACACCGUCUACGGCACGACGCGCUCGAAAGAGGGUCCUAAGGGCUUCCCGGAGAACGUCGAAUGGCUCCCCGGAGUCGACCUGACUGACUCCAAGGUCGGCGAGACCAUUGCCAGCCAGCUGAGUAGUGGUGGUUCUAAGCCGCUGUCAACCGUGAUCAUCACGGCGGGCUACUUCGCGACCGAGGACUUCAGCGCCGACAAGGGCCCGGACUGGGCCGAGGAGCAGCGCAUGUACACGACGAGCUCCAUCGCGCCCGUCUUUGUCGUCCACGCGCUCACGCACGCCGGCCUUCUCCAGGGGGGCUCCAGGGUCGUGCUCGUCUCGUCCGAGUCCGGGAGCAUCACCCUCCGCCACGAGAAGGAGGGCGGCGGCAACUACGCCCACCACGCCUCUAAAGCCGCCCUGAACAUGGUCGGCAAGCUGCUGAGCCUCGACCUCAAGGAAAAGGGCGUCGUAGUCAGCAUCGUUCACCCGGGCUUCAUGCGGACCGAGAUGACCAAGGGCGUGGGCUUUGAUAAGUACUGGGAUGACGGCGGUGGUGAGUGCUUGUUGCUCUGUCUCCGCGGUGAAUGGAUCGCUGACAUCCGUGUGUGUGUCCGAGCCGCAGCCGUCACUCCCGACGAAGCGGCCGAGAGUCUCAUCAAAUGGGCGUCACAGCUCGACAUGUCCAAGACAGGCGAGUAUUGGGCGCCGAGAGGCCCGGGCGAUAUUGGCACGGCCGAGCCCGUGCUGGGCAAGGGGCUCUCGACGCCUCUGCAUCUUCCUUGGUGAUUGCUGAUCGCUCGAGAGGUUCUAGCCGGCCUCGGCGAAGUAUGAGAUGCUGUUGUAAAGUGGUUUUUUUUUUGAGGCGGGUCCGGAUCAAAUCCACGGCGGAUCAAGUGAUGGCUAGAACGCCAGUCUAUCAUGGUUCGGACUGGGGGUGUUUCGUGCGAGAAGUCGAGAAACCGGUGUAGGCUUCAUGGGUGUUGAGUCGGGCUUUGGUGGUGUUUU